AACCCGUGGACAAACACCUAGCUUUGCCUCCUUGUUUACUGAACAAGUUAACUAACAAACAAUUGUAAAUUCAACAUAUUUGGUGAAAUAAUAGGUCACGUUUGUUGACUGACAAUACCAAGAUUUCGUCUACGCGGUAUGGCUUGAAUGCAGCGUGAAUUAAGAUAUUUUUGGACGUUUUAUUAUCGUAGGCCUGGAUGUCAUCCUGGGACUUUCCUGCUGUGAAUGAACCGAAGGGAAGCACAGGAACGGCGGGUAGAGCGCCUUACAACAAGAGGAGCAGCAGCCAAGCUAAUGUGUAGUAGUCCAACCCGAGAAACAGUGCUGGUGAAGUAAUAAUGGCAGGGGUGUGUAGUUGUUGCUGUGGGGCUUUCAGGCCCCGUUACAAGAGGCUUGUUGACAACAUAUUUCCUGAAGAUCCCGAGGACGGAUUGGUGAAGGCCAACAUGGAGAAACUGACGUUCUACGCCCUGUCUGCUCCAGAGAAGCUGGACCGAAUAGGAGCCUACCUGUCUGAGAGACUGUCCCGCGACGUGGCCAGACACAGAUACGGUUACGUGUGUAUUGCGAUGGAGGCUCUGGAUCAGCUGCUGAUGGCGUGCCACUGUCAGAGCAUUAACCUGUUCGUGGAGAGUUUCUUAAAGAUGGUGCGCAAACUUCUGGAGGCCGACAAGCCCAACCUGCAGAUACUGGGAACCAACUCGUUUGUCAAGUUCGCCAACAUCGAAGAGGACACGCCGUCGUACCAUCGCAGUUAUGAUUUCUUCGUGUCACGCUUUAGUGAGAUGUGCCACUCCAGCUUUGAGGAUCCGGAUAUCCGCACCAGAAUCCGCAUGGCUGGUAUCAAAGGGCUGCAGGGAGUGGUGAGGAAGACGGUCAACGAUGAACUGCAGGCGAACAUCUGGGAUCCGCAGCACAUGGACAAGAUUGUGCCGUCUCUGCUGUUUAACCUGCAGUCCGGAGAAGGCACGGAGAGCCGUUCCCCGUCUCCGCUGCAGGCCACUGAGAAGGAAAAGGAAAGCCCAGCUGAGCUGACGGAGCGCUGUUUUCGGGAACUGCUGGGCCGCGCCGCCUACGGCAACAUCAAGAACGCAGUCACUCCCGUCCUCAUGCAUCUUGAUAAUCACUCUCUGUGGGAAGGAAAAACCUUCGCAGUGCGCUGCUUUAAGAUCAUCAUGUACUCCAUUCAGUCUCAGCACUCUCACCUGGUUAUCCAGCAGCUCCUGGGUCACCUGGACGCUAACAGUAAGACCUCGGCUAAGGUUCGCGCUGGGAUCGUGGAGGUUCUCCUGGAGGCAGCUGCUAUAGCAGCCAGCGGGUCUGUAGGUCCUACUGUUCUGGAGGUGUUUAACACUCUCCUCAGGCAUCUGAAGCUCAGUGUGGACUACGAGCUCAGCGGAUUUUACGAUGCCACCACCACAGGGAACAAAACCGUCAACGAGCAUGAAGAGAGGCAGCUCCAAGAAGCUGUCAUAAAAACCAUAGGUUCCUUUGCCAGCACUCUGCCUACGUACCAGCGCUCUGAGGUGAUGCUCUUCAUCAUGGGGAAGAUCCCGAUUCCUGGAAUGCACCUUGCACUGCCACCCACAGACUCUGGGUCUGAGGGUGACCGGAUGAUUCAGGUCAUGUUGCUGAAGUCUCUAAGACAGGUGACGUGCGGCUUCCAGAGCACCAACAUGCUGACGGCUCUGCCCAGCUCCUUCCUGGACCCGCUCCUGUCCUUCGCGCUGCUGGAGGACCCGGACGUCCGCCUGCUCGUCCUGGAAAUCCUCGUCAGCCUCAUCGAUCGCCAUGACAACCUCCCUAAGUUCUCCACCGUCAGCAUCAUCUCGGACAUUUCCAUGCUUAAGCUCAAGAUGGAGAAGUGUUCCCGUCAGGACAACCUCUUCAUGAAGAAGCAUGCCCAGCAGCUCUACAGACACAUUUACCUGUCGUGUAAGGAGCAGAGCAGCGUGCAGCCGCACUUCGAGAUGCUCUACUCUCUCCUGGCUCUGAUCAGCAUGGAGCUCGCUAACGAGGAGGUGGUGGUGGAUCUCAUUCGCCUCGCUCUGGCCCUGCAGGACUUGGCUUUAGUCAGCGAGGAGUCGUUGCCGGUGUUUAACCGUUGUGCUGUUCACGCUCUCUCCGCUGCCUACCUCAACCUCAUGUGCCAGCUCACCACCCUGCCCACCUUCUGCCAGCACGUCCACGAGGUGAUCGAGAUGAGACAGAAAGAAUGCUCAUUUCUUUUGCCAGAAGACGUCUUCAUUGAAAGUCCAAAGAUUCCCGAGACGCUGGAGAAGCCAGCGGGAGAAGUGCUGUUCCAGCAGGCGAAGAUCGCCGAGGUGCUGGGAGGAAGUGGCUACAGCACCGAGAGACUCGCGACACCUUACAUCCCUCAGUUCACAGAUGAAGACAGGCUGUCGAAGAGAAAAAGUAUCGGAGAAACGAUCUCUCUCCAGGUGGAGGUCGAGUCCAGAAACAGUCCAGAGAAAGAGGAGAGAACACCAGCUGAGGAAAUCACGUUCGAAGCACUUAAGAAUGCCAUAGUGGACAGUGUAGGGAUGGAGGAGCAGGAGCGAGAGCGGAGGAGGCAGGUGGUGGAGAAGUUCCAGAAGGCUCCGUUCGAGGAGAUCGCCGCACACUGCGGAGCCCGAGCCACAAUGUUACAGAGCAAACUCAGUCAGAUCUUCGAGAUCACAAUCAGAGCGAGUACAGGUGACGGCGUGGGCGUGGCGCGCACCCGCGAAGAACUAACCAGCAUGAGAUUACCACCAUCACAGGAAUUUACAAGAAGAACGACGGUUUACGAAGUGCUGCAAGCUCCAGGGGACAUGAUGAGGAUAGAACACACUAAUAUAUAUAUAUAUGAGAUACAGUGGACUCCCCCUUCUUCCGGUCACGUCUCGACUGGAACGUGUCCCAAAUGUGCCCCGUUUCGAGUCCUACGAAUGCAUGUUUCAACAGUUAAUCAACGGUAUACCGUAUAGAGACGUGGUUGAUUGUCCAGAUGACGUACAUACACGGGUUACGUUGUUGUUUUCUUCGUCGUGCGUUUGUCGGUGAUGGUUGUCUUGUUUUUUUUUUUAAAGAGCUGAAGGAAUUCUCUCCUGCGUGGUGUUGAAGUAUAACGUCCAUCGCUCCUGAUUAGUCGUUUUAUGGUGCGAACGGUCGCGCGAGUGUUUUAUCGCCGUGACUUCACGUGGUCGUCUAGUGAACACGUUCUCGUUACUGAUGUCUCUCGCGUUCCUGUGCGUCAUGUUUUCUACGUGUUUGUUUUAAGAAUCUUUCGAAUGAAGCCAUGGUCACGAACGUAAAAACACCACCACGACGACGACGACGAAGGCGGCGUGAUUGUCGCUCUGAGUAUUCGAUUUUUCUUUUUUCUUUUUUCGUUGUCGAUUUUUCGUCGUCGUUAUUAUUUAGGUGCGGGUUGUAACUCGAAACGCAAAACAAAACUGCAGCUUCGACUUAAAUCGAAUAGUUUUGAUCAGUUUGACUGUGCACGAUUCUAAAAUAGUGAACAAACGCGGCCUGCUUAUUUAUCAUCCUAUAAUUGUGUGUGUGUGGUGAAAGGAUUUGGAUUUGAAUUUUUUUUUUUGUCGAUUAAUUCGAACGUAAACGAAACGCGCGUCGACGCUUUAAUCGGUCAGGUGUGUGCUAAGAUUAAAACUAAGCUCGGCGUAAAAUUCAAUUUCAACACAAAAUGUUUGUUUCAGAAUGUUUUAUUAUUAUUAUUAAUAAUAUUAGUCAAAUUCAGAUUGAAUUUUAUACAACUCUACAUUUGGGCACGUGCAAAUUGAAGUGUUAUUGUUAUCUGAGUUUAAAAUGUCCAAGUCUGAAUAUUUUUUUUUCCUUUAUUUGAAUUGAAGUGAGGUUCUGUAGUCGAAGUACAUCGGAUCGAAACGGUAUCCCACGGAUGACGUUAGGUUUCAAAUGUGAUGUUUUAAUCAGGUGUAGAAAAUUCCGUUUCUAUCGUGUUCGCUGGCACAAAUUCAAUUUCAGAAAUUCAGUUCUCGCGAUUCAGAUUCAAAAUUCGAAACGAUACACUAUUGGCUCAUUGUAGCGGAAAUAGUAGCAACCAAAAAAAAAGUCUAAAUUUGAAAUGUAUUGUGCCACCGAAAAUUAAAUCAGAAUUUUCUCCACCUGUUUAUUAUUAAAUGUUAUGUGUAACUUUGCAUAACAAAUUGUAGCCAUAGAAUACAGUUUCAGCUUGAUUCAAUUCAACAGAACGUUUGCUUACACAUGAAAAUAAAUGCAUAAAGAUUCAGAUUUCUACCCCCCCUCCCCACCCCACCCCACCCCACUAAGAUUGUAGUGGCACAUUUCUCAUUUCAUAUUAUUCCAACCGGUCAGCUGGGUGUCUGAAAGAUGUAUCUGAACUGUAUUCAUCGAUCUAAAUUUGCAUAAUGGCGCCAAAUCUUUAAUUCUAACACAUGAGCUUCAGAUUUGCAAAAAUUUCACAUCCAAAUUCUAGUAGCACAAUUAAAAACUGUUUACGGAGUCCGAAUCCUGAAAUUCGAAAGUGGAAUUUAAAUGCAGAAAUCUGAAUUCCAAGAGCUGCUAUUUAACAUGUUCUAAUAUGGAUGUAGAAAUACCGAAAUAAUAAUAACUGAAACUGAAGCGUGACUAACGUUGAACCCAACGCUCGCGUGCACGCGAUUGAGCCGUCGAAAUCGAAAACGUGAUACGCGGACGACGGAUUUCUAAAAAAAAAAUAAAUAAAAAAUUCGAAACUGAAAGAAAAAACGUGCAGUUCGUUUUCUCUUCGUUCAUAUUUUUAGAUUCGUUAACUAGCAGCUGCGUGUUUGUUCGUCUGCGUUCGCCUGCAGGUUACCCGGACGUUACUCGGAAAGCAAAAAUGAAAACGGUGUAUUAAUAGCGGGAUACGUUUUUUGCUCUUUUGUAAACCACAGAAAGUUGAGGAUUUUGUUUCCGAUGCGGUGAAACUAAAUUUUCAAUAAAUUCUGAUUCUUGCAUUUAAAUAAAAUUUUCUAAUAACGCGAAUUAAGCUGCAUAGGUUUAAGUCAACUUAAAAUAAACUGCAUUGAGUGGACAUUUUAAUCGAUUACACUUAUUAUUAUUAUUAUUAUUAUUACACGGCUAUUCACACUGGUGAGUGUUCUUAUAUUUUUAUUUUUAUUUGUUAAAAUUGUGAGUUUUCUUAACCACACCAUAGCUUCACCCAGCGUUUGCUCGCGUCACGGUAUUCCUGUAAACCCGGGAAGUGAAGUAAUAAUUGUGGGAAAUGUAUGAAAAUAUUCAUGUCACUGAGACGAAGCAACGCAGGAAGGAUGUGUUGCGUACGUGUUGGCGUGUAAAUGUUACCGAUGGAAAACGAAGCUCAUGUCUGUGUCACGUGGCUGGGCUUGUACACGUAUAGACUCUGCUUUUACAUGUCAGUACUACAGCUGGUCAAUAAAACCUGUUCAGUGAUGA